CUGAUUCUCGCUUCGAAGAGAUCUUGUGCUAGAAUCCCAGGAACGAUAAAACUAGUAACUGUAGGGUACUUAAGUUAACGAAGAGCCCCAAGGUUCCGCGGUGCUUGAACGCUCGUACAGUGUACCUGAUUUCCGUAUACGAUUCUCGCCAACAAUGUCUCAUUGUAGAGGUGUGCGGGUGAAAAUGUCCACGCCUCCCACCAACCAACAUUUAGUGGAUAGUGGAAGAACGUUGGUUUUCCGUUUCUGCAUAUACAGAUAACCCAGGGUCCCAAACCAACCAACAACUUGCAAGAGCUCAUCAUAUAAAGCUCCCGCUCAAAUCAAACUAUUUUCACUCUUCUUAGCAGCCAGUCCGAAGGUUCUUCGAAGUCCAAAAAUCAGAAAAUCAGAAAAUGCAGCCAAUCACUGUGUACUGGAGACGUAAGUUCACCCCCAAAGAAAUGAGAGCAGUUUCUCGAUCACCCAAUGCUAAGAAAUGCCACAGCCAACGUUCCAAAUCCCGCCAAGGUAUGCUACUGAAUCAACUCGCAAGCGAUACCUGAGCAUAGCUUCUCACACAGGCCCUAUAGGUAAUCAUCACCCUCGAAGAACUCGGAAUCCCAUACAUCGGCAAAUUCGUCGAGCACGCAGACUUGAAACAACCAGCCUUCGAAGCCAUCAACACCAAUGGGAGGGUCCCCGCUAUUGAAGAUCCCAACACUGGCAUCACACUAUGGGAAUCCGGCGCAAUCGUCAACUAUCUGAUUGAAAACUACGACACCGAACAUAAGAUCAGCUAUAUCACCGCGCCGGAGAAAUACCACACUCUGCAAUGGCAACACUUUCAAUGUACUGGACAGGGACCGUAUUGGGGCCAAUUAGCUUGGUUCCAGUUAUUUCAUCACGAGCCUUUGGAAUCUGCCAAGAAGCGAUAUGUUGAUGAAGCUAUUCGUAUUGUCAAGGUGUUGGACAAAGCAUUGGAGGGUCGUGAUUGGUUGGUUGGAGAUAAAAUCACGUACGCGGACUUGGCUUUUGUGUCGUGGGGUUCGUCACUGCCGCUAUUUCUGUCGGAUAGGGAGGAAUGGAAUAUCGAGGACCAUCUGAAUUUUAAACGGUGGAAUGACUCUAUUUUGGGAAGAGCGAGUGUUAAGAAAGCUCUUAGUUUGGCAAAGGAAGAGGAUGUCAAGGGAUAGAUUAUUGAUUUGAUGAGGUAGUUUAUGAUUCGGUGUUUGAGAGAGGAACUGAAUGAAAAGUUGAAGAUCCACAUGCGAGCCAUCCACCAGUAAUCCUUUUGAGGUAGCAUGUUGUGUUUGAACAAGUUUGUGGGCUAUAUUGAAC